AUGCUGAAAGGUGACACAGACACAGUCGAAAUGUGCAACAUUGCUGGGUUAACGGGCUUGGUAGAGUUGUAUGUGGUCCACGAUGUGGGUGAUGCGGAGCCGUUUUUAGAAGUGGGUUACGUAGACGUUGGAGGAGUUGCUGAAGAGGGCACAGAUGAUGGGCUUGGCUUGGUUGUCCUUGAAGGGCACGACGUUGAGGCAGCAGAGGCAAGUGGGGAUUCUAAUAAGGAAACCGAGGGUGAAGAUGAGGGGGAUGAGUGUCGAGUAGAUGGAAGUGGAACCAGUGAUGAAGACAGUGAUGACCCCGAGUAUGUGCCAUCUGAUGAGGAGGGGGACAGUGCAGGAGACGUUCACUUCACUGAUAGUGAGGAGGAUUAUGAGGGUGAUAGUGGAUUUGAUGAGGAUAAUUACGUGCCUAAGGAAGCUACUACUGGCAAGGGAAAGGGGACUGGGAUAAGUCAGUUUAGUAAUGAGGAUGGAGCAGAUAGUGAUGAGUUGGAGAUAGACCACAUGCUUCGAGGAGAUUAG